UUUACCUUUUGAGUGCGACACAGUGACUCACACGCCUCUUCCUACUUCUUAAGCGCUUCAACUUCAUGAUCUUCAUUCUUCUCCUCUUCCUUCAAACAAAGCAAAACCCUUUUUGCAACCCAAUACACUCCUUAAUCAGACAAGUGUUCAUACAUUACUAACUCACUGAACUCGCAUGUGUUCCUUUCCUUCUUGUUUUCAUUGGUUGGCAUAAAGGGUACCUUUUAAUGAAAGUAUAUGUGGUUGUUGGGGUAGUAGAUUCCUUCCAUUUCUCUGAUUUCUUUGCAGUGGGGUUGGUGUGUUUAUAGAGAAAAAGAAAGAGAAUGAUUCAGUUGUUGUAUAUGGUUCUGUUUGUGGAGUGUGUGAUGGGGUUUCUUUUGUUAGUGAAAGUUGGGCCAUUGAGGGAGCUUGUGAUGAAGACAAUUGAACAAGUGAAGAUGGGGAAGGGUCCAGCUACAGUGAAGACAAUUGCUGGGACAAUGUCUGUUAUUCUGAUUUCAAGCCUCAUGAGUAUUGUCAAGAUCCAGAAUAAAGGUGCUAAGCUUGGUACCAUGUCACCCAUGGAUCAAGUUCUCUGGAGGACUCAUGUGCUUGAAGCUUCACUUAUGGGUUUUACAUUGUUCCUUGGAUUCAUAAUUGAUCGUGUCCACCAUUAUAUGCAAAAGCUUAGUAAGUUACGGAGUAAUGCAGGAGCUUCUAGAGAAGAACUGGAGAGCCUUCGGAAAGAAAACGUGCUGCUUAAGGAAAAGCAAGAUAAAGCUUCCAAGGAGAUAAAGCAGCUAAAGGAACAAAUUUCAACUCUUUCGGAGAGUUUGAAGAAGAUAAAGGCGGAGUCCGAAGAGAAGGACAAAAGAGUCGAAACUGCCGAAGCUCACGUUGAGUCGCUUCAAAAACAAGCCGCGGAUCUACUACUCGAAUACGACAGGCUCUUGGAAGACAACCAGAAUCUUCAGGCUCAAGCAUCACGACACAAGGUUUGAGGAAAAAAAGUAGAAUUUCGUUGGCGAACCGAGUUUUUAGGAAAAUAUAUCAUUGUACCAUCAUUGAUUUGGUUGCGAAAUCACAUAUGAUUCCUUUGUUUUAGAUCAUUGCUUAACAGUUGCCUCAUUCUCAUCUAGUGGUUUCUUUUUUUUUUCAAUGGAGAAAAAGAUUUUGGAGUUGGCAGUUUUGUAGCUCAGAAUUAUUGACGA